GGCGCCGGUGGCCGCAGGACUGGAGCCCACACAGCCGAUCGGCUUCCUGCAGCUCUUCCGCUUCUCCACCUGCGGGGAGAUCGCGUGGCUCUUCUUUGGGUUCCUCAUGUGCUGCGUCAAGGCGUUGACCCUGCCCGCAGUGGUCAUCAUUUACAGCGAGCUCACAGCACCCUCUCCGCUGCCACGAACAUCACCACGCUGUCGUUUCCCUUCACGAUGGCCAACAGCAGCGGCGGCGGGUACACCAUUCCCACGGGGACCCUGAGCAUCCUUCCCAUCGCGGCGAACGCCCAGCUGCCGACCAUCACGACAACGGCCAGUGGCUACGAGCCCAAUGACGUCAUCACCACGAUCCCCGUCUCGCUCUCCAUUCAGCGCUUCCCCUCGUCCCUGUCCAUCGUGGACCUGGCCCAGGAGCAGGACGGCUACAGCAAAAGUGGAUCCAGCAACGGCAUGACCGUGGGGCCGGGUGCGGGCGGCGGCGGCGGCAUCACCACCACGGCCCUCCUGUCCGUGAAGCCCCUGAACGGCAGCGUCAACGGCAACAUUUCGCGGAACAACAGCUUCAGUCUGAGCUUCAACCUGCAGGACCCCACAGUGCGCUCCUCGGUGCGUUCGGCAGGAGCCCCCACAGUGGAUACAGUGGACAACUCUUCAUCCGGUGGCACGAUCGCCCUGCCCCAGAGCGGCGCCACGGCAACGGCAACGGCUACCUACCCCGAGUGCUACCUCAACCCUCGCCAAACACAGUCCCGAGGCCAAGACAGGAGAGGUCUAUGUCUGAGCGGAGGAACAGGACACCUAUUCCGACCCAUCCACUGGAUUAUAGCUUUCGUCGUAGGUUUAAGCACCCCCUUCCAGAACCACUGAUACGAUAUUAUCAUCUAGGAAAGAGAACAAAACAAGAGUAAUCCUCUCUUCGGAUUGUACAUACAUAUGCACACAUCAAUAUACAUACAUAUAUAGCCCACAGACGAUAUCAUAUCGUAAUG